UACUUGUGAAUUUGGAACUUGUGAACUUCACAAGUUUAUACUAAUCUAUUGCUCUAUUUACAUUUAUAUAACCUAAUAACAACCGGGGAAACAAUCGUACGAAUUUAAAACGAUUAACGGAUUCGCGAACGUAGACGCAAAUCGAUCAUAAUCAAAAUAUUGAAGUAAAUGAAGUGAAAAUUAAUGAGUUUAAUAUGGAAACUUCGUUAGAUGAAAUGUUUAGUCAGCCAAAAGAAAAUGAUAACAAAGAAUGUGACGAUUCGUCGUAUGGAACAAAUACAUCAACGACUUCCUUAUCAAAUUAUUCGCCAUUAUCGUCGUCGUCGGCAUCAUCAUCGUCGUCGUCGUCGUUGACAAGUAAAUCCUCUACGCUGGAAAGAAUGAACCCAACGAUACUAAGCUUUGGUGGAAGUGAUUACCCUCAAGUCAUACAGGAAGGUGCACAACAUGUUAGUCAACAGGUGCUCCAGCAAUUAGGUUUUAAUAUUUACGAUGAUAAUUUAAUUGAUAUCAAUUACAAUGACCACCAACCUACAACCAACAUAGUGUAUAACAAUAGUUGCCCUCCCUUACUGGUCGGCAGCAGCAUCAACAACAAUAAUAAUAAUUAUAAGGAGAUCACGGCGAAAUUAUUAUCCAAUGACACAAACUUAUACAUUGAUGAUGAUUUCUUAUUGAGCUACUUAAGUCAUCCAACAGACAACUCCCAGAAUGUGACAUUAACAACUUCACCAUCAUUUUUUGCACCUUCAUCGUCCCAUAUCGUUGAUUCAUCAUCAUCACCAUUAUUAACACCGUCAUUACAUGAUUCGGUCUAUAAUGUCCCGCAGAUACAAAGUAGUUCUUCCUCGAAUACGACAACUGCUAGAAGGCCAUCAUCGAUAUGUGUAAAUGAAGAUGCACAUAUGUACACGGACACAUCUACAAAUGUUGGUGGCAUUUGUUUAAAAUUUGAGUAUAUGUUUGAAAAUGAAAAAUUGAUACAAGUCCAACCCCCACCGCCACCCAUAAUUUCGCAGUCGAAUACAGUGGCGACGCCAGUAUCAUCAUUUGAAACCAUGGAUUGUAAUAAUCCACGUUUAGUGGACCAAAUCUCUUCUCCAACAAUACCACAUCAGGAACAACAGUUAAAUACGACCAAUACAAAUGAAAGUUGUUACAUGGAAGUAAAUAAUGAGCCGGAUGAGCUUUCAUUAUGUAUACGACCCGGUGCCUUACACAAACAAAAAGGAGAGCCAACUUACGCAACUGUUUCCUUUGAGAGCUCGGAUGAAUCCCUGUCCCGCUACAAGUGCAAUUAUGAAAAUUGCAAUCGAAGUUAUAGCACUAUUGGCAAUUUAAGGACGCAUUUGAAAACACAUAAGGGUGAAUAUCGAUUUAAAUGUACAGAAGAAGGAUGUGGCAAGGCAUUUCUGACCUCAUACAGUCUCAAAAUUCACAUAAGGGUCCACACUAAAGUCAAACCAUACGAAUGUAAUGUGAGCGGAUGUGAGAAGGCCUUCAAUACACGUUACAGACUACACGCCCACUUGCGCUUGCAUAACGGUGAGACAUUCAAUUGUGAACAAUGUCAAAAAUGUUUCACAACGUUAAGUGACUUGAAGAAACAUAUGCGCACUCAUACACAAGAGAGGCCAUAUAGGUGUCCAGAGGAUGCAUGUGGCAAAGCCUUUACAGCGUCGCAUCACCUAAAAACACACAUACGCACCCAUACGGGAGAGAGGCCAUAUCCUUGCGAAGAGACGACAUGCCAAAAGUCCUUUAGUACUUCGCAUAGUCUAAAGUCACAUAAGAAGACACAUCAAAAACAGAUGCAGAAUCGAGGCCCCAGAGAAAGAAAGAAUAGAAAUCGGAGCAGAAAAAGCGUUAAAUUCCAAGGCAAUAACGACGAUAAGCAUGCUGUUAAGCAAGAGAGCGCAGCUGAUGAAACAACUUCCACCUAUAAUAGCAGUGAAUUUGAGGGAAGUGAAAGUUAUAUGAUGGGAAAUGAGAAAGGCUCUUUGGAAUUGGUAAAAGCUGAGGCAAUUGAGUGCAGCAUCGAUGAGUUGUAUGCUGCGCAAGUAGCGGAAAUAAAAAGAUCGCAGUAUACAGCAUUGGCUCCGAAAAUCGAAAUGCCUUUGCCCGAACUGGGCCAAGCAUAUCAGCUAUUUCAUGCUGAGGAAGAAGUAACUGCCCCCUCUUGGCACAUAGGCACACUAGAGUCAAGGCCCAUACUACCUACAGCUCCAGUAACACCGGCUUGUGUCGCCAUACCCACCGAAGUUCCAAGUUAUGUGAAUUUACAAGGCAAUUAUGAAAACGCCAUGCAAGCCAUUAACACGAAUAUGCCAUAUCAGACAAAUGUAUCAAACGGAGGAAUGGAGGUGGACGCUGAACAGUCCCAACGCAGUAUUACCAAUACCCAAAACCAGACAUGUGAUACAUAUCAUCAAGUUCAAGGAGCCAUUGCAACAGCAAACCCCACGGUCGACAACUUGCCCCUUCAAGAGAACAUUGAAGACCUACUAAUGGGAACAGACUACAGUAGCGAUGCGGAUAUGGAAACAGAAUCUUUGCUGAACGAAAUUUUAAUGGCCAUUGAUAACAACACAAGUCUAUUGCAAGAAACGCUUCAAAAAGCCGAUGAAGUGGCCACCGGAGAUACGGGUUUAAUCGAGGUCGAUUUACGUAACAGCAAACCAACAUUGCAGCAAAUUACAGCCGACGCAGGAAUUUGUAGCUGUGUGAACUGUAAGUGUGACCAAACCAAAAAUUGCCAAGGAGGAUGUUCCUCGGACAAACCAUGUACCAACAAAUCGACCCAUCGCCAUCAGCAAUCCAAACCUACACAGAAGGGAUGUUGUGGUUCCAACGAUAAAAGGCCCAAUAAGACAUCGAGCAAACGGGAGUCGGAAAUGAAUCAGAAUAUAGAAGAUGUGGCCUUGUUAUUGCAAAACCUUGCCUCAAUGGAUGGCAAAGGAAGUUGUUGUGGCGGAAAUUCGCCCAAAAACAUAUCGUCAGGGUGUCCGCUUUCGACUGAUAAAUCCUCAUCAGGAUGUUGUUCGCAACAGUCUCUGCAAGCUACAAAAUCGAAUUGCUCAAGCCCCAUCAAUAGAUCCCAAACCUCUGCCGCUUCUUCUUGCUGCUCAGCGCCAAGAGAAAAGCCGACUGUUGAAGUUAAUUCAAGAAUUUGCUGUUCAACUGAACGCAGAGAUAUGCCACCGCCACCACCACCACCGACCAAAUCUGUGAAAAGCGAGAGUUGUACCUGUAAAAGUCCUUCUGAGGGUGUAGCGAAUGGUUGCUGCGUUGUUAUAUGCAUUAAAACGUUGAGAGCAUUGCGCAAAGUUCUAACUAAGAAGCAUCUUAAUCUUGUUCUAUGUCCACAAAAUCAACCAAUUUCGAAUGUUUAACAUUUUUGAAAAGAGAGAACGUGCUUGUAACUCUCCAUAUAUUUACCCUUCUACUUACCCCCCAUAUAAUGCUCGUUUGCUUCAAGAAUGGCACAUCUGUAAGAUAUCAAGCAUUUCUUUUUAUAUCACUCAUGACUGGAGAGCAAUGAAAUAGCCAUACAAGUGGUAAACUCUAUAGCUAGAGUCCAAAUUUUUAUGUAACAUUGAAAUUUCCACCAUAUGUAUUGUUUUUUUUCUAAAUUCAGUGGAAUUUUGCAAUUAAAUUUAAGUUUGUUUCCCUAUAACGUCUUGGGAACCUUGUUUGUUUAUUUUUCUAACAAUAGGCUUUAGUGCGAAAAGAAAAAGCUCUGGCAUUAUAUUAUUUUGCAUACAAAUUCGGGACUCUAGCCAUUGCCUGGUUUGUGUAUGCCUACUGUGUUAAACCAAUCCCUCCAAAUUGAUGAAAUUUUUUGAACUAAACUACUAUUUUAUAAAUUCUAUUGUAUUCAAUUCAAUUGGUUCUCUUAAGGAUGCUUGUUAAGAUAUAACUUGUGUGUAAUUUAGUACUGUUUUUGUUUUUUUGCUGUUUUCUUACUUAUUAUUGAUUCUUUUUUGUUUUUGUUUUUGUUUUCUUUAGACUGUAGUUUCCUAUGUAAUUAGCUCUGUGCCAAAUAAAAACAUGUGUGUAUUUUAUAUAUUAAAA